AUGCCGAAAUCUGCACCAGUACACCCUUGGGAGUGGCCUUCCAACCCAUGGCAACGGAUACAUGUUGAUUUCGCAGGGCCUUUCAUGAACUUCAUGUUUUUAAUAGUUAUUGAUGCGCAUUCCAAAUGGCCUGAGGUAUUCAUCAUGAGAUCCACUACAACCACGCUCAUCAUCGAGUUACUACGCAAUUUAUUUGCUCGUCAUGGUAUUCCUGAGCAAUUAGUCUCAGAUAACGGACCUCAGUUCAUUUCUGAGGAGUUUCGUCAAUUUAUGAAGCAGAAUGGUAUUCGACAUAGUACAUCAUCACCAUAUCAUCCGCGUACGAACGGACAAGCGGAACGUUUCGUCCAAACCUUCAAACAAGCCAUGAAAAACGCAAAGGAUGAAAAACGUACAUUACAGCAAAAACUGAGUGUAUUUCUAUGCAAGUACAGAUCAACACCACAGAUCAACACCACAUGCUGA